AUGGACGCUGCAGACCUUGCGCGUUGGACGCGCUUUGCGGCAAAGGGCGGCAUUGGCAAAUGCACAGCGGUCCAAGACUGCAUUGCUGAGAGCCCAGAGGACCUCAUGUUCCUCAAGGAUGACGAAAUUACUGUGCUCAUGCAGCUGCCCGGCCAAUCGGGUCGGUAUCUGGGCUAUUGCGAAGGUGUUGUCGGCCGAUUCCAGGGAGCGCAUGUCCGCUUCCAUGGAAAACUCAAACGGCCGGUCAUGACGAAGCGGCAGUCGUCAUCGGCCGUGUCCGUGGCCAGUUCUCCCGUUCCGUCCGUCACACCGUCCCCGCGCAUGCCGCUC